AUGACCGUGGUGUCCACGGAGAACAUGGACGAGACCUCCACGCUGCCGGGUCACCCGCAGGACCUGUACCCGCCCGACGACGACCACGACGACCACGACUGCUGCGAGCGCGUGGUCAUCAACAUCUCGGGGCUGCGUUUCGAGACGCAGCUGAAGACGCUGGCCCAGUUCCCGGAGACCCUCCUCGGGAACCCCAAGAAGAGGAUGCGCUACUUCGACCCUCUGAGAAACGAGUACUUCUUCGACCGGAAUCGCCCGAGUUUCGACGCCAUCCUGUACUACUACCAGUCCGGCGGGAGGCUAAGGCGGCCGGUCAACGUGCCGCUGGAUAUGUUCUCGGAGGAGAUAAAGUUUUACGAGCUCGGCGCCGAGGCCAUGGAGAAGUUUCGCGAGGACGAAGGAUUUAUCCGGGAGGAGGAGCGACCUCUCCCGGAGAAGGAGUUCCAGCGGCAGAUCUGGCUCCUCUUCGAGCACCCGGAGAGCUCGGGGCCGGCCCGGGGGAUCGCCAUCGUCUCGGUGAUGGUUAUCCUCAUUUCAAUAGUCAUAUUUUGUUUGGAGACAUUACCGGAGCUGAAGGAGGAUCCAAACCAGAGGAUGCGCAUCGUGGGGAACAUCACGGUUUACUACAAACCCAACGUCCUCACGGACCCGUUCUUCGUGGUGGAGACGCUCUGCAUCAUCUGGUUUUCUUUCGAGUUGAUUGUCCGGUUUUUCGCUUGUCCCAGCAAGGCGGCGUUCUUUAAAAACAUGAUGAACUCCAUCGACAUCGUCGCCAUCAUCCCGUACUUCAUCACGCUGGGAACGGAGCUGGCCGACGACCAGGACAGCAAGGAGAGUAAGGGGGGAGGGGAGCAGGCCACGUCGCUGGCUAUUCUCAGGGUAAUCCGCCUGGUGAGGGUGUUCAGGAUCUUUAAACUGUCUCGGCACUCCAAGGGGCUCCAGAUUUUGGGGCAAACUCUAAAGGCGAGCAUGCGGGAGCUGGGUCUGCUCAUCUUCUUCCUCUUCAUCGGCGUCAUCCUCUUCUCCAGCGCCGUCUACUUCGCCGAGGCCGAGGAGAAGGAGUCGUUCUUCACCAGCAUCCCGGACGCGUUCUGGUGGGCCGUGGUGUCCAUGACCACGGUGGGCUACGGGGACAUGUACCCCGUGACCAUCGGGGGGAAGAUAGUGGGCUCGCUGUGCGCCAUCGCCGGCGUGCUCACCAUCGCACUGCCGGUGCCCGUCAUCGUGUCCAACUUCAACUACUUCUACCACCGCGAGACGGAGGGCGAGGAGCAGGCCCAGCUGCUCAACGUCAGCAACCAGAACUUGGCGUCGGACACCAACUCCAGCCGCCGCAGCUCCUCGGCGGUCAGCAAGUCGGAGUACAUGGAGAUAGACGAGGACAUGAACAACAGCAUCGAUAACUUUAGGGAGGCCAACCUCAGGACUGCCAACUGCACGGCGCCCAGCCAGAACUGUGUGAACAAGGGGAAGCUGCUCACCGACGUGUGA